AUGGAUGACUGGGAGGAGGAGGAAGGCGAUAAGGAGGAUAUUGAUGAAAACGAAGUUCGUGAGCAAGUUGGAAGAGCCCAUAUGAAGACAAUGCUUGAUCAAGACCAGCGUGAAGUUCGACUUUUUCAAGAGCUUUUUCUCGAAGAUGGAGAUUUGCAUUCUGAUGGCGGUGGAAGGCAAAGACAAUUUCGGUGGAAACAGGCUGAUGGUGAAAAUACUGAGGGAGACGGUGCCCGUCCAAAAAAUCAAGAAGAUGAAGAAGAUGAAGCUGCUGAAGAACAGGAUGAUCUCACAUGGAGAAAAAUUCACAGUGAUAGAGAAAAAUGGCUCCUGCAACAAAAGUCGCAACAGGAAACGAAUAAAGAAGUGCCAUUGGUUAUGAGCCGGCAAACUAAAAUGGUGAAAAUCAACACUGCUUCCAAAACCAUUAAUCAAAUUACAGAAGGCGAUUCCUCCGCUGCUACUGCCAACGCCAAGCAGUCAACGCAUUCUAAGGCGAACAUUGUGACCACUGUAGGUUACUUUUACAAAGUGCUUAACACAUUGUAG